AUGCUUUCCAGAAUUUCAAAAACCUCCUCAUUGAGGUCAUCAGCAUAUAAAUGUUAUAUAAGAUAUAAUUCAACUGAUGGAGCAUCAACAACAAAAUCACCUACAGGUAUAGUAUUUAUGAAUAUGGGAGGACCUUCAAAAAAGGAAGAAACAUAUGACUUUUUACUCAGAUUAUUUCAAGAUGGAGAUUUAAUACCCUUUGGACCAUUUCAAAAACCAUUAGGAAAAUUCAUAGCAUGGAGACGUACCCCAACAAUUGAAGAACAUUAUGAAGAAAUUGGAGGUGGUUCACCAAUUAGAAAAUGGUCAGUAUAUCAAUGUUCAAAAGUAUGUGAAAUAUUAGAUAAGACUCAUCCUGAAACUGCUCCACAUAAGCCAUAUGUUGCUUUUAGAUACGCAAAACCAUUAACUGAAGAUACUUUAAAUGAAUUGCAAAAAGACGGAAUAAAAAGAGCUGUUGCAUUUUCUCAAUAUCCUCAAUUUUCAUACUCAACUACUGGAUCAUCAAUUAAUGAAUUGUAUAGACAAACUUUGAAACACGAUCCCGAAAGAUCAAUUGAAUGGUCAAUUAUAGAUAGAUGGCCACAACAAUAUGGUUUAGUACAAGCUUUUGCAAACAAUAUCAAAGAAAAAUUAGCAGAGUUUCCACCAGAGAUAAGAGAUGAAGUAGUGGUAUUAUUUUCAGCUCAUUCAUUACCUAUGGACAUAGUUAAUUUAGGUGAUUCAUAUCCUGCCGAAGUAGCAGCAACAGUAUAUAAAGUCAUGGAAAUAUUAAAUUUCAGUAAUCCAUAUAGAUUGGUUUGGCAAUCUCAAGUUGGUCCAAAACCAUGGUUAGGUGGACAAACUGCCAAAAUAGUUGGAAAAUUGGAGAAAAGAGAUGAUAUAAAAGGAAUAGUAUUAGUUCCAAUAGCUUUUACAUCAGAUCAUAUUGAAACAUUACAUGAAUUAGAUAUUGAGUUAAAAGAAGAAGUUGAAAAUCCUGAAAAGAUUAAAAGAGCAGAAUCAAUGAAUGGAAAUGAAAUUUUUAUUCAAGGUUUGGCCGAUUUAGUUAGUGAUCAUUUAUCAAGUGGUAAAAAAUAUUCAAAACAAUUAGAAUUAGAUUGUAUAUUGGGUGGUGAAAAGGCAUCUGGAACGUUUAAACAUCCUGAUGAAUUAUUUGGUAAACAAAAUUAA